AUGCCUGGAUCAUCGGGCGAUGAUAAUGAUUCCCGGACCGCCUCCGUUGGUGGGCAACGAACACGUGGGAAUGGCUCGACCGAACCGUCGCGACAGAACUCUCAAGAUCCGAUCUCGAACGCGAAUAACAAGAAGCGCAGACGAGGGAAGACAGGUGAUCGCGAAACCCGUGACUUUGUUCCGCAGGGUGGUUCUUUCAGCGCAAAUCCCCUCCAGGUAGAUCCGGAUAGCACAUCUAGCUCCGGCUCGGACUCAUCAAGUGACAAGGAAGAGUCUGACAACUCGGAUGAUGGAAGCGCAGAUCCUUCAAAAGAUAACCCUCAUGCUGGGUCCACUGCACCCGCGAUCAAUUGGAAUAAAGGCAGGAAAAGUGCCGUCAGAACAACCCUGGGCGGGCGGGCGAACAAGGCGGCUGAGAGCAAACCGGUCUCCCAAUUUGAUGCGGUAAAUGGAAAAUACUGGCGCAGUGGCAGUGCGUCUGCUUCGUCUGACGCUGAGGAAGCCAAAAAUAGAGAUGAAGAUAUGGAAGAAGGGGAAGUGGAUGAAAGCUCCGCUGGGUCGGAUCAGAUGCAUGACUCUGGUGACUCGGAUGACUCCGAGUCCCUGGGAUCAGAGGCUGAUGAUUCAAUAAUGCUGAACAUUGGUUCCCGCAGUCAGGGCAAUAGCCCGAGCAAGAAUCAGAAUGGUCAGGCUUCCUUGGACAAUGAUGGCUCUGACCCCGAGGCUCGUCCGGCCAGCCUUCUGAAUGGCAGCGCCUCCCAUGCGCAGAAUGGAAUUAUAGAGACUCCGGUGCAGACCAAGGAGGGCGCUCUUCAGAGUUUCUCUAAAAGAUACCCUACAGCUCCAACAGCCCUCGCUGAUCUAGAACGCAAAGACAUGGAAGUCCAAGCCAGAUUCAUGUUCUAUGAUCGUGAUAUUAACGACAUUGAUCUCCAGCUACCAGUAGCCUGCACAGAAUGCUUGCGAGAAGGCCACCUCGCUGAGGUGUGUCCUUCGAGAGAGUGUGUACACUGUGGUGCCUGGAAUCAACAUCAGAGUAGCUUCUGUCCUUCCUGGAGAAGAUGUCAAAAAUGCCGGGAGCGUGGCCACGAUGAGGCACGAUGUACCUCACCUCUAAAAGGUUCCGCUUCCGAGACGCCUUGCGAUCUAUGUGGAUCGCCUGAACACUUGGAGCUCCAGUGCGACAACAUGUGGAAGAUUCCCCGACCGGUCCCAUCUUCAGGGUCCGUUUUUGUUUCCAUAUCAUGCUCGCAUUGCGCAAGCAACCGCCAUAUUAUGGGUGAUUGCCCAUCCCUCCCCCGUCCAAUACUAUCAUCUUCAUGGACGCUAAAAGGGCUGGAUGAAAGCCUGGUCACUAACACCAACUCGGUGGUUGGUGCCCGUAGAGGAGGUGCUCCCAUGACGAGAGGACAACGUGGGAACGGUGGAAUGAAAAUCAGGGGCCGAGCAGACCAGCGCUCACCAUCGCCGGACAGCGAUGACAUGAUGUCCAGACCAGGACAGCGGCCACCCAUUGGUCGAAACAAUUCAAAUCGUCCUAACAUCCGGAUUGGAAGUGGAAUUGGAAAGAAUAAAAAUCUGGGCCCUGGAGGACCAGACUACGAUUCCCGGCGAGACUACCGAGACCGGCAGGACUAUUAUGGGAAUCACUCCCGCCAACGGUCAAUGUCUCCCAACACACGCCCCGGCCGGGGACGUGGCAGGGAUAGCUGGCAGCCGGCCCCCCGCUCUCCCCCACGAGGCCGUGGAAGGCCAGCCCCUCGUAACACCAGAGGCGGUGAUCGUGGUGGUCGUGGAGGCGGGCGUGGGAACAAACGAGGUGGAAACGGGGAUGCCUACCGGCCGAUGCCAAGUUCCGGAAAGAAGGCCUGGGACAAAUACAGGCUCUAA